ACCGUGGUCGGGGGAGGAUGUGUCGCGUGGCGCUCCCGCCGUCUCUUACAUAGAUCAUUCGCAAUACAAGAGUCGAAGCAGGCGAAGCAACACGCUGAAAGGAUAAAGCGAAGUGUUGCCGUGCGUUGGAAGGGAAGGAGGAAGCGAAGGAAGAGGAGGAGGAGGAGGUAAAUAGAGACGGACACGUGAGAGGAGGAGAGACAUAAGAGACGGAGGAAGAAUUGGAGGAGGAGGAAGUGGAAGCAAUCAAGAACAAGAGUGAUGAAAAAAUAAUGGGAAAGGAAUUAAAAGAAAUGGGAAAAGGAAAGAAAAUGGAGUGAAAACCGAUAUUGAAGUGAGGAAGAAAAUAAUGAUGGAUUACUGAAAAGAAUAUAGAUAAAAGAAUGAACAUAAACUUGCGGAAACGAAAAUAAUGAAGGAAAUAACAAACAAACGAAUGUAAAAAAGAGAAAAGAACGGAAAGACACGGGAAGCGGCGCCGAGUGUUGCGGCGAGUGUGUUGUGUUGUGUGGGGUAAGGAGGGCACGUGUGCCGGUGCUGAAAGGCAACACACACACACACACACACACACAGUACUGGUGAGUCAUGAGCGUGGAGGCGCCCCUGCCGUUGGGCCGGGGGGACACGCCCCCCGGGUCACGGCGGUACAGCUGCCCCACGGGGCCGGGGCGCGGCGGGGCGGGCGGGCGUGUGCUGCGGCCCCAGAUGAGCUGCCAGGCCGGUGCCGGGGGGCGCGAGGGGGUGGUGACGCUGCCGCCCGCCGUGCUGCGCCGCGCCGCCUCGCUGCGGGAGGGACAGGAGGAGCCACGUCGGCCACGCCCGCGGCAGCGGCACUCCGUGGCCUUCAUCGAAGGGGGAGGCGACCCCAAAGUUGCCCCCGCGGCCCGGCGUGGGGCCAGGUAUGUGCGGGGCAGCGCUUCGCUGGACGCUACGCGCGAGGAGGAGGGCGAGGCGCCGCGCCCCGAGGCAGCGCAGGAUGCCCAGGGCAGCGCGGGCUCUGCGCGGGGCCCCGCCAGGGGGCGGCCCGUCAGCUGGGCCAGGGAGCUGGCCGGCGGCAAUAAUGGAGGUGGCGGCGGCGGUUAUCGUGGCGGUAAAAGUGGCGGCGGAGGCGGCGGCAGCGGUGGCGGCGCAAAUUGCAGCGGAAACAACAGCAGUAGCAGAAGUGGCGGCGGCGGCGGCGUGCCCUUCAUGCAGUACUACGACGACGACGACGGGUCGUGGCGGCGGCGGUCCCUGGGCCCCGCGUCACGCUGCGACCCCUGCGACCACUGCUUCAAGGUGAUGCUGAUCGGGGACUCCUGCGUGGGCAAAACCUGCCUGCUCACACGAUUCAAGGACGGCGCCUUCCUCUCCGGCACCUUUAUCUCCACCGUGGGCAUCGACUUCAGGAACAAGGUGGUGACAGUGGACGGCUCGAAGGUGAAGCUGCAGAUCUGGGACACGGCGGGCCAGGAACGGUUCAGGAGUGUGACCCACGCCUACUACCGCGACGCCCACGCCCUGUUACUCCUCUACGACGUGAUGAACAAGAACAGCUACGACAACACCCGCGCGUGGCUCGCCGAGGUGCACGAGUAUGCCCAGGACGACGUGGUGAUCAUGCUUAUUGGCAACAAGUGUGACGUGAACGGCGAUCGUGUGGUGCGCCGGGAGGACGGUGAACGCCUGGCGCGGGAGUACAAUGUGGCUUUCAUGGAGACCUCGGCCAAAACGGGACUGAACGUGGACUUGGCGUUCCUUGCGGUGGCCAGACAGCUCAAGGCCCGCAAGUCCAACAACCCCGUGGAGAGAAAGUUCAACGUUGCGGAAUACGUGCGUCAGGAGGCAAAGACGGAAGGAUGCGCUUGUAACGUGGGCUAGGAUGAUCAUUAGGACGCUGUAGGAUCCCCAGGACGCCGCCUAGGACUCCCGGACGAUACCUGAAGGACUAAAUGGAGAAGGAAAGGACUCUAGGACUUUUUUGACUUCUGAGGAGCCGCCUAGGACUCCCGGAGGUUACCUAAAAGAUUAAAUGGAGAAGAAAAGGACUCUAGGAUUUCUGGGUCGUCGUGAAGGAUACCUGAAGAUCUACUGAAGGAAAAGGGAUGGACUCUAGGACUUCUGGGGCCACGUGUAGGACUCCUGAGGAUACUUAAAGGACUGGAAAGGAAAGGAAGGACUCUCUAGGACUCUGAAGCGCCAUGUAGGACUCGUGGCGGACACCUGAUUGACCACUGAAGGAAAGGGAAAGGAAUGUGUUACGGCAGGACUGUAUAGGAUUCCUGAAGGAUACCCAAAGGACCAGUGAGAGGAAAGCAAACGAAUGUGUUGUCACCGCUCUCUAGGACUAUAGGAUAUCUGUGGCGCCGCGUAGGACUCCUGAAGGAUGCUGGAACGAUCGUUAAGGGACCACUGAAAGAAAAGCAAAAGAUUAUGUGUUGUUGCCGCUCCCUAGGACUCUGUAGGAUCUUUGGAACGUCGCGUAGGACUAUUGGCGGAGGUCUGAAGAAGGGAUAAAGGAUUGCUGAAGGACUCUGACGCUAUAGGAUUUUGUACAUUACCAACGUGUACAGUACCAUGUUAGUGCUCUGUGGGACCCUGUAGGACUCCUGUCAUCCCUUUGAACACCUAAAGAAUGCUUGAAGGACUGAGGAAGGAUCUCUUUGGGGAUGAAAAGUGAAGGAUUCCAUGUUAUGUAUUGAACUGUAGGACUCUCAGUAUCCUUUGUUGGAGUCCUAUAGGAUGCCUGAAGGACUGAUCUUGAAGCAAGGAAGGAAGCCAAAGAAACCUGUGGUAUAUCAACAUCCCAAGGACUCUGUAGGACUCCGGGACAAUGACAGAACUCACGGAGGAUGCCAGCAUUGAAGAAAACCACAAGGAUCUGCGUCUGUAUUGUUCCAGCGCCUUAUAGGACUCUGUGAAGGACUCUGAGGAAUGCAUAGGACUCUUGGAGGAUACCUAAAGGACUGAUAAAGGAUUGUGUAGGGUUGAUUGAAGGAGGGAAGGAUACCAGCCGAAUUUAUUAUAUUUGAGAACUUCAUAGGAUGCUCUCUAGGACUCUGAAGGGCUCUCAAAGGAUUUCCCAUAAAAUACUUAUAGACUGAAGAUGACUAAAGGAAUAUAAGCGCUCUCCGGGGCCUUGUAGGAUUCCUCGGACCUUUGUCGGACCUCUGAAGGAUAUCUCAAGGGCUCAAGCGGCUAUUGAAGAAGACCAAAGGAUUGUGUGCUGCCUCAACGCCCUUUAGAAUGCUGUAGGACUCUGGUCAAUCUUAUUGGAGUCCUGAAGGAUUAGAAAAGGACCCCCAAGCGUUUACUGAGGAAGUUCUAAGAAUUCUGCAUAUCUUAAAGAAUGUCUUGUGUGUGGAAGGACUUUCGUAGGACUUCGUAGGACUUUGAAAGGCCUCAGGAAACUUAAGUCUUGAAGGAUUAUGGAAGGACCGAAGUACUGAGGAAGAUUAAGGAUUCUAUAUAACUUAAAGAAUGUGUCGUGUGUGGAAGGACACUCAUAGGACUUCAUCGGACUUUUAGAGUCCUCAGUAACUAAUAUAGGACUCUUGAAGGACUUUUAUCGUGGUGAGGGAUAUAGACCAAGGACACGCUCGCCCCACGCCAAGCCCACGCCAAGAAUGACGAAGGAUAUUCACCUUGACUUAGUAAGACCCAAGAGUCCUGCAUUACUGAAAGGAUAUGUUUGAAAGGACCCCUGUGGGCCUCACAGGAGUAAAGAAAUGGGUCCUGUAGGAUAUGCAUCACCUUAAAAGGACUUUGUGAAUGAUUGAAGUGGACUGAAGGAUGUGAAGGACUGUAGGGUCCUAAGAGGCCUGUGAUAUUGCAAGGAUGUGUUUAGAAGGACUCCUGUGGUAUUUCUAGGACUCCGAAAGUGUUUUGUAGGAUAUGUGCCACUUUUAAAGGACUCUGAGAACAAUGAAAGUGAAUCUGAAGUAUGUUAAGGAUGUGCAGGACUCUGUAGGAUCCUGAGAGUCGUGUUACUGUAAGGAUGUUGUGUUUGAAAGAACUACUGUGGGCCCCCUAGGACUCGGAAAGGGGUCCUGUAGGAUAUGGCAGCGCUGAGGGACUCUGUGAAAGGUGAUCGAAGUGGACGUUAAGGAUGUGAAGGACUCUGCAGAACCUUUUGAGUGUGUAGAGUCCUGUAUUGUGAACCAGAGUCCUAAAGAGUAGACACAUGGCAGUCUUGUAGGAUACCUGACAUCUCUGAAGUAUUCUGAGGACAAUAGGAGUGGACCUGAAGGAUAUGUGAAGGACUCUAGGAUCUUCGAGGGCCUGUAGUACACACACGCCAAAGGAUACAGAAUACCAUUAAGGAGAGCUUUCGUAGGACUCCUUGAAGUGGGUCCUGUACUCUAGUUGGGGACUUUGUCUUGUAGGACUUUUGACUUAAGGAUUAAAUCAUGGCUACGCUUAUUAAAGGAUACACACUGUCCAAGGAUCGUAGGAUAUCUAUAUAAAGAAGCACUGUAGGACUUCUGUAGGAUUUCUGCUUAGAAGGACGUAAAAGAAUAGGAUAUUUGACAAGGAUACGCCUGCAAAACACACAGACCAAUGAAUGCAGGAUAUCUAUAUGAAAAGGAACUGUAGGUCUCUUUAAGUGGGUGACUUUUCGAGGAUGGACGUUAGAGUGUAGGAUAUUUAGGAUAUUUGAAGGAUACGCCUGCAGGAUACACAGACUUGAUGCAGGAUAUCCAUAGGAGGAAUUUCAUAGGACUCUGAAAGUGAGGAUGUCAAUGAAGAAGGAUUGAUUUGUGUAGGACUCUUGAAGGAUACCUGUUAUGAUUUGCUUGCAGGAUACACAGACAUAAGAUUACAGGAUAUAUUUUCAAGGAGGUGUAGGAUUUUAAAGAUGGGUGCUAUGUGUGAGAGGUGGUAGUGUAAGACCUUUGACCGGCGGAUACCAUUUGCGGAAACACUUGCAGGAUACACAGGCUAAGGAACGUAGGAUACCAGUGAAGAAAGGUUUUUAUAGGACUCUAAGGAAGGUGAUAUAUUUGAAGAAGGGGGCUAUUGUGAAGGAUUUUUGAAGGAUCAGUAGGAUACGCUUGCAGGAUACACAGGAUAAAGAACACAUGACAUCCUUAGCAAGAGGUUCUGCAGGAUUCUAAACCUGGUGAUAUAUUAGAAGGAAGGAGGCUGUGAUGAAGGACUCUUGAAGGAUAAUAAUUAGGAUACGCUUGCUGGAAACACAAAAUACAGAACGUAGUCAUCCUUAACUUAGGACUCUCAAUAUAAUGAUAUAUUUGAGGAAGGAGGAUGUCAUGAAGAAUUUCGAAGGAUAACACAUUUAGUUGACCCUGCAGGAUACACACAAUGCAGGAUACAUACCCUUAAGCCUUAAUAAGACUGAACUAGGCGAUAUCACUUAGGAUAGAUUUUCUAGUGUAGGACUUUUGCAGGUAGGAUGACAGCCACGCUCGUAGGAUACACAGGACAGGGAGCGCAGGAUAUCCUUAGAGAGAUGUUUUUGAGGGAUUUGAAAGAGUUUGCGAAAGGUUUAGGUGAGUUUUGCGUCAGUUACUCACGGAAAAACAAUUAUCAAGACAUUUUCUAUCACUUACUCAAGAAAAAGGUUAUUAUUUAUUUUUGCAUUAGUUAGUCAUGGAAAACCGAUUAUCAAGACAUUUUCUAUCAGUUACUCAAGAAAAAGGUUAUUAUUUUUUUUUCCAUUAGUUAGUCAUGGAAAACCGAUUAUCAAGACAUUUUCUAUCAGUUACUCAAGGAAAAGGUUAUUAUUUAUUUUUGCAUUAGUUAGUCAUGGAAAACCGAUUAUCAAGACAUUUUCUAUCACUUACUCAAGAAAAAGGUUAUUAUUUAUUUUUGCAUUAGUUAGUCAUGGAAAACCGAUUAUUAAGACAUUUUCUAUCACUUACUCAAGAAAACAAAAAUCUUUAAGUUAUUUGUUUAUUUAUUUUAUUUAUUUAUUUAUUUAUUUAUUUAUUUAUUUAUUUAUUUUUGCAUUUGUUACGGAAAACCGAUUAUUAAGACAUUUUCCAUCAGUUACGUAAGAAAACAACAUUCAUUAAGUUUUUUUUUUUUUUUUUGGGGGGGGGGGCAUUUGUUAGGGAAACCCGAUUAUUAAGAUAUUUUCCAUCAGUUACCCAAGAAAACAAUGAUCCUUGAGUUUUUUUGGAUUAGUUACUCAUAGAAAACCGAUUAAUAAAACAUUUUCCGUCAGUUACGCAAGAAAAGAUCAUUAGUUUUUUUUUGCAUUUGUUAUUGAAAAACGAUUAUUAAGACAUUUUCCAUCAGUCACCCAAGAAAACAAAGAUCAUUAAGUUUUUGCAUUAGUUACUCAUUGAAAGACGACGAUUAAGAUAUUUUGCUUUAGUGUCUCGUACAAUGAUGAUUAUUUGAUUGUUUAUAUAUCAGAUUAAUAUUAUUAUUACUUUUUUUUAGGUUUUAUCUUUUUAUUCUUUUUCAUAUUUUACAUCAGUUACCCAAGAAAAAAAACCAUUAAGUUUUUUUGCAUUAGUUACUCAUCAGAAGACACGUAUUAAGUGAUUUUGAAAGAUACUAAGUGAUUUUGCAAACGGUUAUCAUUCAUUAUACAUUUUUAAUCCCAAAGUAAAAACAAAAACAUUAUUAUUCCUCUGUUAAGUUCUGAAGCAAAAAUGUUAUAUCAAUUUCUACAAAAGACAAGUUCGCUGCAUUAACCUAAAAUUGGAUGAAAAACAAGAUUAUCAUUUCGUCUAUUCAUUUCUUAACAAAAAUAUUAUAAUUAUCAACUUCUCCCAAAGACCAGAUCGCUCCAUUAACUGAGAUCGGAAGAAAAACAAGAUUAUCAUUUCGUCUAUUCAUUUCUUAACAAAAAUAUUAUAAUUAUCAACUUCUCUCAAAGACCAGAUCGCUCCAUUAACUGAGAUCGGAAGAAAAACAAGAUUAUCAUUUCGUCUAUUCAUUUCUUAACAAAAAUAUUAUAAUUAUCAACUUCUCCCAAAGACCAGAUCGCUCCAUUAACUGAGAUCGGAAUAAAAACAAGAUCAUUAUUCCAUCUAUUAAUUUCUCAAUCCCCAAAAUUCUGAUUAUUAACUUCUGCAAAAGACGAAUUCAAGAAACAAGGUUAUUAUUCCAUCUAUUCAUUUCUAAAACAAAAAUAUUAUGUCUGUCAAUUUCUCCAAAAGACUAGCUCGAUACGUUAACCAGACAUCCAUUAGUAAAGUUACCUGUAUUUUUGUUCCCCUUUGUGUGAGUGUCUGAACUCGACUAUAAAGGUUCUGUGCUCACGUCCUCUUGUGUAAGUUAGCGCCAGGCCCCGACUAAGACUCUGCCGUAACACUGGCGUAAGAUUGAGUUGCGUGUCUUACGUACUAAUAUUAGCCCCGACGUGCCCUUCCUGUCCUCAAAGUCUCCAGCAACCUUAUACAUGACGAGCUUAAGUAUUCCAGGCAUGUGUGUGUGUGUGUGUGUGUGUGUGAGGAGUGAAAGAGAGAGGUAGCGUUCUUAUGGGUUAGUGUUGACAUAAGAAAGAAAAGGUGAUCGUCCAGAGUUUAGGAAUGAGAAAAAAGUAAGGAGCGAAAGGCAAUAUAAGUUAGAUAGCUCAGUCAAAGAGCAAUAAAGUGAAAAUAAGAUACGUAAAGAGAGAGGAGAAAAAAGGGUGGAAGGAAGGGACGGAGAGAAGAGGGCAGGUUAAGGGUAUGAGAAAGGGAGAUGAAAACAAGUGAAGGGCAGAGAAGGGAUAAGGAAGGAAGGGAAUUAAAGGGCAGAGGGUAAGAAGGAACGGGAAAAAGUACGGAUGGGGAAACAGAACGGUGACUUGAAGACAUGGGAAAGGAGAAUGAGAAUAAGAAGGGACGAAAAAGAAGAAAGGGAUGAUAAGAUGAGAAGGGAUAGAGGAAGGAUGAGGAGAAGAGAAGGGCAGAGGAGAGGGAAAACAAAGAGAGGGUUUGAAAGGGAAGAGGGAGAGAAGGGAAAAAAGAUCAAAAUUAUAGGAAAAAGGAAAAUUAAUACUGGAGUUUAACCACAAAAGGAGUUAGCUAAAAUUUUAUCGCACAAGUCAUCCUCGUUUAACUUAUAUCCAGUUUCGUUUAAGUGAACCAAAUGCAGUCUUGUUAAGCACAGAGUAAACGAAAUCACUACGGAAAGCUGAGUCACACCCGAAAAUAUUCUAUCGUCUAACAAACCAUAAAGUGAUUUAGUCUCGUUAAACACAUUAAUACUAUAAUCAGUCUCGUUUGAUACAUAAUGAAGGGAAGCUGUUUGUCGUUUGGUGAAUCAAGAAAGUCAAUAAAUCAUUUAACACAUGAUUAGAAGAUUGUCUCGUUGAACACAUUAGUUAGAUAUUCAGUUUGUCGUUUGAUACAUUAUGAAGUAAAUCCAUUUGUCGUUUAGAGCGUCAACAAAGUCAGUCACUCGUUAAACACAUGAUUAAAAGUUUGUCUCAUUAAACCAAUAAUAAGAGAUUCAGUUUGUCGUCUGAUAAAUAAUGAAGUGAAUCCGUUUGUCGUUUACUACAUCAAGAAAGUCAGUCACUCGUUAAAUACUUGAAAUAUCUACUCAUUAAACACAUGACCAAAAAGAUUAUCUCGUUAAAAACAUCAUUAAGAGAAUCAGACUCGUUUAAGCCAUUGAAGUCUAUCUGUCAUUUAACACAUCACAAAAUUCAGUCUUCCGGAUUCUCGUUAAACGCAUUGAGCUAUUCAGACACAAAUAAAACAUGAUAAAGUUAAGUUCUCGUUUAUCACAUCACAGAAGGGUCAGCUAAUAUCAUUAUACACACUGCACGAAACAGACUCUAGCCAAGUCACAAAGAACGUCAGUCGAUCGUUUAACAGAAAGAAACAGUCGGUCGUUUAACACAACAAGAAAAGUCCACGAAGAAUGUUAGUAGAUCGUUCACCCCACUCCCUCCUCUCCUUCUCCACCUCCCCCUCCCCUAUCCCUUUCCCCUUCCCCUCCCUUCCCUUCCCCUCUUCCCUUUCUCACCCCCUCCUCCAAGAAUCACAGCCAUUGUUCAUAUACUGACUAUUGUAACCCGUUGAGAAACACACUACAUAUCUUACCAAUACUACCACUACUACUACUACCACCACGACUACUACUACUACUACUACCACUACGAAUACAACUACAACCACUGCGUUAACUACCAUGACCAUCAAGGCUACUAUAACAAUAACUACUACUGCUACUACUGCUACCACUACUACUACUACUACUACUACCACCAGUACCUCCAACACUACAUCUACUACAACUACUAACUACUAUAACUACUACUACUACUACUACUACUACUACUACUACUACUAUUACUACUACUACUCGCCCACGCUCUCGUCGUGUUCAGAACGUGACGUGACAUGUCGGAAACGAGUAUAGAUCAUGUGACGCUGCAAGUAUUAUGAUAAACAUAGCCGGGAUGGAAAACUAUGAACGGGAGAAAUAAUGAUAGAAAAAUGAUAAAGGAGAACAUGAAUAAGAAGAAGUCUGUAUAUAUUUUUUUGUGUGUGUGUUGAGUGUUUGUUGAAGUCCAAAGGGAAAGAAAAUAACGAUAAUGAUAAUAAUAAUAAUAACUCUAUAACUAGCCUUACUUAGUUGUGGUAAUUUCCAUGGGUAGUUUUAUGGCCCUGGUGUUAGUGUGUCCCUUCGGCACCAUGAACGUUAGCAAGUACUCAUGAGAAUCCGAUUAAUCUCUUUUCUGUCUUGAGGAAGCGUUGGUAGAUAAAGCAUAGAUAGGAUGGAGUAUUCAUAGAGAGAGCAAAGAUAGGGUGGAGUAUUCAUAGAGAGAGCAAAGAUAGGGUGGAGUAUUCAUAGAGAGAGCAAAGAUAGGGUGGAGUAUUCAUAGAGAGAGCAAAGAUAGGAUGGAGUAUUCAUAGAGAGAGCAAAGAUAGGGUGGAGUAUUCAUAGCGAGAGCUUUUUUUUAUUUACAACAAAGGAGACAACUCAAGGGCACAAAAAAAAGGAAACAAUAAUUUAAAAAAAAAGCCCGCUACUCGCUGCUCCUAAAAAAAAUAAAUAAAUAAAAGAGGUGGCCGAAAGAGAGGUCAAUUUCGGAAGGAUGGAUGGAGUAUUCUUAAGAGCUGGACCCUGGUAGUAGUUUGACCCCUGUUCUGUACCGUGGAUAGGCAAAAAAAAAAAAAACUCAUGGAAACACGACUAAUCUCUCCUUUUAGGCUUUGGGAAAACAUUGAUAUAGGAUAGACAGGAUAGAGUACUCAAAGGAUCUGGAGAUGAGGUAUACUAUAAGGGCAACAAGAUUAAGACGGUAUUAUAAAAUGGUUAUUACUUGAUGUAUUUUUAUCGUUAUUGUUGGGUGGAAGGUUAAGGAGUGUGGCAGUUUAACGUGAGGACGAACUAGACUACAUAUAAUGCCUGUCUCUUAACAUAUGCAGACGGAAUUAUAAAGAAUACAAACCAUCUCUUACCGUAUAAUAUUUGUUUUGUUUUAUUCGGGAAGUAUAGAUGAAGUAAUUGUGGAAGUGAUGUAUUCGGGAAGUAUAGAUGAAGUAAUUAAGUUAUGUAUUCGGGAAGUAUAGAUGAAGUAAUUGAGCGAGUGAUUUAUUCGGGAAGUAUAGAUGAAGUAAUUGAGUAAGUGAUGUAUUCGGGAAGUAUAGAUGAAGUAAUUGAGGGAGUGAUUUAUUCGGGAAGUAUAGAUGAAGUAAUUAAGUUAUGUAUUCAGGAAGUAUAGAUGAAGUAAUUGAGGGAGUGAUUUAUUCGGGAAGUAUAGAUGAAGUAAUUGAGGGAGUGAUGUAUUAGAGAAGUAUAGAUGAAGUAAUUGAGGGAGUGAUUUAUUCGGGAAGUAUAGAUGAAGUAAUUGAGGGAGUGAUUUAUUCGGGAAGUAUAGAUGAAGUAAUUGAGGGAGUGAUGUAUUAGAGAAGUAUAGAUGAAGUAAUUGAGGGAGUGAUUUAUUCGGGAAGUAUAGAUGAAGUAAUUGAGGGAGUGAUGUAUUAGAGAAGUAUAGAUGAAGUAAUUGAGGGAGUGAUUUAUUCGGGAAGUAUAGAUGAAGUAAUUGAGGGAGUGAUGUAUUAGAGAAGUAUAGAUGAAGUAAUUGAGGGAGUGAUUUAUUCGGGAAGUAUAGAUGAAGUAAUUGAGGGAGUGAUGUAUUAGAGAAGUAUAGAUGAAGUAAUUGAGAGAGUGAUUUAUUCGGGAAGUAUAGAUGAAGUAAUUAAGUGAUGUAUUCGGGAAGUAUAGAUGAAGUAAUUGAGAGUGAUUUAUUCGGGAAGUAUAGAUGAAGUAAUUGAGUAAGUGAUGUAUUCGGGAAGUAUAGAUGAAGUAAUUGAGUAAGUGAUGUAUUCGGGAAGUAUAGAUGAAGUAAUUGAGGGAGUGAUUUAUUCGGGAAGUAUAGAUGAAGUAAUUGAGUAAGUGAUGUAUUAGAGAAGUAUAGAUGAAGUAAUUGAGGAAGUGAUGUAUUAGAGAAGUAUAGAUGAAGUAAUUGAGGAAGUGAUGUAUUAGAGAAGUAUAGAUGAAGUAAUUGAGGAAGUGAUGUAUUAGAGAAGUAUAGAUGAAGUAAUUGAGUAAGUGAUGUAUUCGGGAAGUAUAGAUGAAGUAAUUAAGUGAUGUAUUCGGGAAGUAUAGAUGAAGUAAUUGAGGGAGUGAUGUAUUCGGGAAGUAUAGAUGAAGUAAUUAAGUGAUGUAUUCGGGAAGUAUAGAUGAAGUAAUUGAGGAAGUUAUGUAUUCGAGAAGUAUAGAUGAAGUAAUUGAGGAAGUGAAGAUUAUUAAUACGUCAUAGAUAUUAGAGAAGAAAUUGGAGAUCCUAUAUUGAGUGUAUAUUAUUUGUAUAUAUAUUUUGAUUUAUUUUAUUAUUAAUGUUACACGAAGAAUAUAAUUGUUACGUUGAUGAAAUAAUUGAGAAAGUUAAAAUUAAAUACGGUAUAAUUAUUAGAGAUGGAAAUCUUUAUUAUGUAUAUAUAUUUUGAUCUUGUUGUUGUUAUUGUUACACGAAAAAUAUAAUUACGUUACGUAGAGUAAAUCAUUAAAGAAGUUAAAUUCAUAUACGAUUUAUACAUUAGAGAUGAAAUUUGAGAUCCUCUAUUAAGUAAGGAGUCAUUAUGUAUAUAUUUUCUUUUUUUAUAUAUAUACAGGGAAAAUAUUAUGCGAGUAGGACAUUGCUUUAUAAAGUGCAAAAAAGGGAGUACAUAUUUUUUCGAGUCACUAUUGUAUAUAUAUUUUGAUUUUUUUACGGCAUAGAAAAUAUAACACAAGUAGAACAUUGCUUUGGACAGUGAAAGGAAAGGAACAUGCAUUUUUCAAGACACAAUUAUCUAUAUACUUCGAUUUUUUGUGGCAUAGAAAAUAUCAUGCAUUGCAAAUCAUUUCUUGGACAGCGCCGGGAAGGGAACAUAUAUUUUUUUUAUGGUAUAGAAAAUAUGACACAAGUAGAACAUUGCUUUGGACAGUGAAAGAAAAGGAACAUGUAUUUUUCAAGACACAAUUAUCUAUAUACUUUGAUUUUUUGUGGCAUAGAAAAUAUCAUGCAUUGCAAAUCAUUUUUUGGACAGUGCCGGGAAGGGACAUAUAUUUUUUUUAUGGUAUAGAAAAUAUGACACAAGUAGAACAUUGUUUUGGACAGUGAAAGGAAAGGAACAUGCAUUUUUCAAGACACAAUUAUCUAUAUACUUUGAUUUUUUGUGGCAUUGAAAAUAUCAUGCGGGAAGGGAACGUAUAUUUUUCUACUCGUAUAAUACAAUGUAAGGACGUUAGGAUAGAAAGGAACACAGUCAGGAGAGCGGAGACAAGGGAAAAGAGAAAAGGAAAUUAAUGUGAAGCGAGUUUUUAUGCAUUUAACAGUAAUUUCUCUAUUUUUGAACGCUAAUGUUUACUUUGCAUCCGUUUACAUUUGUUCUUUUUUUCAAGUCGCAUCCAUUUAGUAUUUUUCUUAUUUUGAGGCGAGACAAAGAGGACAAAAAAAGGGAAUAUAUGUGAAGCGAAUUAUUAUAUAUGUUCAAGUAAUUUCUAUAUUUUUAAAAGCUAAUAUUUACCUUCCACUUAUUUACUGUUAUUAUCUAUUUUUGAAGUCGAGAAAAAUAUGCCGAAAAAAUAGAAAUCAGAAUGAGGCGAAUGAUUAUAUUUCUACUUUCUUUCCCUUCCUCCUUCAUUCCUUCCAUCCUUCCUUCAUUCAUUCAUUAUCAAGACUCCUGUUUUUUUUUCCUCCCUGUCUCACUUCCUCCUUCAUUCCCUCAUUCAUUCAUUCAUUCUCAAGACCAACUCCUCCUUUUUCCCUCCCUCCCUCACUUCCUCCUUCAUUCCUUCAUUCAUUCAUUCUCAAGACCAACUCCUCCUUUUUCCCUCCCUCCCUCACUUCCUCCUUCAUUCCUUCCUUCAUUCAUUCAUUCUCAAGACCAACUCCUCCUUUUUCCCUCCCUCCCUCACUUCCUCCUUCAUUCCUUCAUUCAUUCAUUCAUUCAUUCUCAAGACCAACUUCUCCUUUUUCCCUCCCUCCCUCACUUCCUCCUUCAUUCCUUCAUUCAUUCAUUCAUUCUCAAGACCAACUCCUCCUUUUUCCCUCCCUCCCUUACUUCCUUCCCUUUUUCUGUCUAUCUCUCUUCUCCUUCUCCUUCUAUUCCCUUUUCUUCUUCUCGAUAAUUCCUUCUCUCUACCAGCUUUUCUCCCUCCCUUUCUUUCUUCCCUUUCCUUCCCUUCCUUUCUCUCCUCUCCUUCCCUUUUUCUCUCUCGCCUCCUCCCUCCAAUCCCUUUUCUUCUCCUUGAUUCCUUCUCCCUUCCGUCUCUUCCAUCUUUCCCUCCCUUCCUUCUUUUGUUUCUUCCUCUCCUUCCUCAGUUUCUUCAUUCAUUAUCUAACCUCCUCCUCUCUCUCUCCCUUCUUUCUUCUCUAUUUCUUUCCCUCCUUUCCCUUCCUCCUCUUCCUCUCCUCCCUUCUCCCUUGCUAAUCAUCCCUCCUCCAUCUCCCUCCUUCUUUCCCUCCUUCCUUCCUUCCUUCCUUCCUUCUUUCCCUUCCUCCCCUGCAGAACUCAGGGCAGAAGAUUCAUCAGUAUUUUCACGUAUUUUUAUAACUUUGAGGAAAAAAAGGAAUUAUAUAUAUUUUUGAAGGUCGUGUGUGCGUGUGUGUGUGUGUGUGUGUGUGUGUGGGUGGGUGGGUGUGUGGGUGUGUGCGUGUGAGACGAGUAAUUUUCUUAUACAUUUUUGAUAAGUAGCAAGAAAAUGGAGAAAUUACAGACGAAGGAAGGAAUAGAGGAAGAAUAGGAAGUAGGGAGGGAAAGAGUGAAACUGAGGAAGGAAGGAAGAAAGGAAAGGAGAAUAAAUAUAGGGAAAGAAAGAAAAGAAGGAAAAAAGCAGGGAACGAAGGAAGGAAGGAAGGAAGAAAGAAAGAGUGGAAAAUGUUAAAAAGAAAAGAAAUAAGAGAGCAAGAAGAGAAAGGGAAUAAAAGAAAAUAGUAACGAUAGGAAGAAAGGAACAGUGAAAGGAAGGAAGAAAGGAAAGAGUAUAGAAGUAAAAUGUAGAAAAUAAGAAGAGAUAGACAAAAAGAUGAACAGAGAGAGACAGAGAGAGAGAGAGAAAGGAAGGAAAGACUGAUAAAGAAACACAAAAAAUAAGUUAGUGAUGAUGACAAACAAAACAACAACAACAACAACAACACUACUACUACUACGACUACCACUACUACUACUACUACUACUACUACUACUACUACUAC